AUGCGCCUUGUCAACCAUCUCAAUGUACAUCCUGCGUUGUUGAAAGAGUAUCGUGGGAUUACCGCUGGUGCGCAAGGAAAAGAUCAACUGACGCUGACGGACGUCGUGCGCCGCACGGAGCUCCUGCCAGAAAAGAGGGUCUCAAUUCAGUCGACACGAAAAAUUCAUUCCUGUGGUGGAUCUAUUAUUUCUGCAGACGUGAUCCUGACAGCUGCGCACUGCCUCGAAAAUGUGAAACCCAGCUGGAUCAGAGUUCAGGCUGGAUUUAUAGAUCUUAAGAAUGCGGGACCCUGCAAACAAGUUCGAUUUGCGAGCGAGUUCAUUUUUCACGAGGAUCAUGACGCCUAUUUCAACAACGAUGUGGCCCUCAUCAGGCUAUCUCGUCCAUUUAACUUGGAGGAGAGCCACGGAUAUAUUGGAACGAUUUGCAUUACCGAGUCGAGUUCUAUGGCGGGAAAGAUUCUGAUUGCCGGAUGGGGACAACUCUCACACCAUGGCCAGAGCCCUGAUUCAUUAAUGACUGCAGAAGUUUUCAUCCAGAGACCUCAAAUCUGCACUGAACACGACAAGCAAUAUAAUAAUUCAAUUAUGUUUUGUGCCCACGCUCCAGGAAUCGAUGCGUGUGUGGGUGAUUCCGGUGGCCCCGCAUCUCAGGAAAAAGGAAACGUAGCCGUCCAGGUUGGAAUUGUUUCAUUUGGCCGAAUUUGUGCCAACGGAACUGGAUACUAUGUCAGGUUGUCUACCUUCACAAGCUGGAUUAAAGAUAACAUGAUUAAGCUCGGAUAUACAGUUAAAUCGACGUAA